AGCGCAUGCUACUAUUACAUAUCCAGCAGGUGAUAGCUUUGAAGUUAUGUCGAAGUAGCGUAAGUAAAGUGCUCGAGCAAUACCGAUAACAAUAACCUCCGGCACUUGUUGUGAUGGCCACCCCUAAAGUUGCGCUUGUGACUGGUUCCAAUAAGGGUAUCGGUCUGGCGACAGUGCGGUCACUGUGCAAACAAUUCACAGGCGACGUUUACUUGGCCUCCCGGGAUGUCGGUCGAGGGACAGCGGCAGUAGAGAGUCUCAAAGCAGAGGGUCUGAAACCCCUGUUCCACCAACUGGAUAUCUCAGACCCAGCGAGUGUGCGCACUGCACGGGACUACUUUCAGGAAAAAUAUGGUGGCUUGGACGUUCUCAUCAACAAUGCAGCCAUAGCAUUCAAAAUGGCUGACACCACACCAUUUGGAGUCCAAGCAGAGGUCACACUGAAGACCAACUUUUUUGCAACCAAGAACAUGUGCAACACUUUUCUUCCUAUUAUAAAAGCAGGUGGUAGAGUUGUGAACGUCUCCAGCGUCAUGGGCGCCAUCGCCCUGAGCAGGUGCAGCCCGGAGCUGCAGGCGCGCUUCCGCAGUGACGACAUCACGGAGGAAGAGCUGGUGGGCCUGAUGGAGCGCUUCGUCAAGGAGGCACAGGAGGGCGUCCACUCGGAGAGAGGGUGGCCGAGCACCGCCUACGGCAUCUCCAAGACCGGCCUCACCGUCCUCUCCAGGAUCCACGCCCGCAAGCUGAGGCAGGAGAGAGCCCAAGACAGCGUCCUGCUCAAUGCCUGCUGCCCUGGCUGGGUGAGGACGGACAUGGCGGGCCCCGAUGCUCCUAAGUCACCAGAUGAGGGGGCUGUUACCCCUGUAUACCUGGCCUUGCUGCCCCCAGGGGCAGAAGAACCUCAUGGCCAGUUUGUGUCAGAGAAGAAAGUGCAGCCUUGGUGAGCAGUUUGGAACAGGAUUGAAGUCAGGAGAGUGUAGACCGCCUGAUGGUAAUCAAACCUCAGCAUAAAUAUGUAGUGCUAUUUUUACGCACAUUUAUUGUGUAGAUGAUGAAUCAGACCACAACAUUUCAAUAGGACUGCAGAAGAAGAUGAAAAAGGAGAAUUUGGCACCUGUGCACUCCGAAGCUAAGCUAUAUGUGUAAUACUUUAAUAAUUGUCAGGGUACCAUAUUAAAUAAGUAUUACUGUUUGUAUUUAAUAUUUCCCAAUUAGUUAAAGAUGUUGUAGAAGUCACCUCAAAUACCAUUAUGCCUGUCAUGGUACUUGUGUGGUAUACUACGGUGGCAUUGUUUUGCUCUUUUUUUGUGACUCACAUAGCACAUUUUUAGGUACAGAAUGGUGUUUUUGAGAUUGGACAGGUUGUUGGGGCUGGGUAGCAUGCUAACUUUCAUGGAUAUGAGGACAGCAGAGAUAGGUAUUCAUGAGAUUGUGUCACAUUGUGUUGUUAGUGCAUUUGGGAACAUUUGUAAAGAUUCUAAGAAGACUAAGAUUCUUACAUAGAACACCUCUAAUCAUUGACCCUAAAUGUUCACACGAACGUCAACAUGAUGACUUAUUUACUCGUUAAUUAACACUCAAAGAACAUUUUAGGCCUUCCAGUGUGUUUUGCAACUUGCUGUGAAUGAGUGUUGUGAACUGUUUACUUGUGUUAGAUCAUAAACAUUUAUACCAUGUGUUGAUGUGGCUGCACCCAUUACAAGGUUAUUGUCACAUUUCAUUAAUUAAGUUUUAUUUAUUUUAUUUAUUAUUUUUGAUUGAAGACUUGUCUAACAUUAAAGGUCAAAAUAAAUAAUAAAAUUGUUAA